GAGGGAGAGCCAGCUGUGUUGUGUGAUAAGAAAUGGCUGCACGAGGGCUUUUGUUUGGCAUUUCUCGUCUUGUUUCGACGCGAUUUUCGAGCACUGCUGUUUUUCAGAGACCAAAACUAACGUUGCCGCAGAAGAGCUUUCACACGGCUUUCGUUUUGCGGUGUGAGGCUACCGAUGACAACGAUUCGCAGAUUGUGGCCAAGCAACGUGAUCCUACCAAAGCCAGAGACCAGGUUAUACCUGUCGAGACAAGUAUCGAAUACCUCGAGAGUGAAGCAUACCAAAUAACAUACGGAGCGAACCCUGUUUGGAAAGAGUACCGGAGAAAUUUCAAAGGACAUUAUCCUCCACCAAAAACAAGGAAAACUUGCAUUAGACAGGAAGAAAUUUCCACUGGCAACCCCUGUCCCAUUUGCCGAGACGAAUACUUGGUGCUCGACUAUCGUAACAUUAAGCUUUUGCAGCAGUUCAUUUGUCCUCACACAGGCGCUGUCUUGAGUUAUUCAAAAACUGGUCUCUGUCAGAAAAAACACAGGGAGCUUUUGGUUGCCGUCGAGAGGGCAAGAGACUGCGGUUUUCUAACCUUUGAUGUGCAGCAUCGCGAGUACAACUACUCUGAGUACAUCAAGAUCAAGCAAUAAAAACUAGACCGCAUUUAUGAACUAAAAUAAUAGUGAUUAACGUAGUUCAGUGAUAGUGAAAAUUGAAGAUGGACUUGCAAGCCUCUUACAUUGUAGUCGGAGGUGGAAUUGCCGGCAUCUCCUGUGUCGAGACCCUCAACACCUUGACCCAAGAG